AUGGACUCGGGCCCUGCUCAUAACGUUGGCAAUUCGCACCUGCACCACGGCGAUAACGGAACCAACUUCGGUGUCGACUUCCUAGGAAGCCUCCAGAAUUUCGCCAACAAUGGCGAUCAAGACGAUAUGCAGCAGUACUUCCACCCUGACCUAUUCGACACAGGUAGCCAAGACUUCAACAGUAGCCUGCAGCAACAACCUCAACAGCAGCCACAACAGUCACACCAGUCUAGCUAUUCUAGUCCAGCUUUCAGUCAGAAUGUUGCGCAGCGUACUCAAAGCCCCGCAAUGCCUAAUUACAACCAAUCCCAGCAAUACUCACAACACUCCCAAUAUGGACAGCAGAUGUAUCCUGAUCACCGUGGGCUUUUUCAGCCUCAAUACGAUCCUCGAAUAUUUCAGCAACAGCCUUCGCACUCGCCUUCACCCCUAGAUCAGUAUCCUUUCACUGGCCAGAACUACACACCUCAGAGCCACCAAGGUCAGCUCAACAUUCAGCCACGUCCUUCUCCAUCGCCCGCUCCUCAGUAUCCUCCGAGGCAGCAACAAUAUUCACCGUUUAUGACCUUCGACUCUCGCGGACCUACUCUUCCUCAGCGUCAGGAUGCCGAUCUUAUACAAUUUGCGAACUUUCAGAACCCUGGCCAGGGUCCCUCGACUUCGUUCGUCAAUCCCUCCAUGUUGAACGCAGAACCCAACAACCCCAAUGGUCAUUAUGGUUCAGCGGCACAACGACAAGCUCAGCAGCAAUACUACCAGGGCCUGCCACCUGUCCAACAGCAACAGAUACCGGGCAUGUCACAGACUUUACAGCCCAACGCAAUGCAGGCGGCAUUGUCACAAUUCGCACCCGUUGCUGGGAUCAAGCCAGGCAUGAAGGAUCCCAAUGCACCCAAGAAACCCCGAGGUCGUCCUCGAAAGGAUGGCUCGAUUCCUGGCGUUGAUGGCGGUUCCGGUAGUGCUUCGAGCUCAGAUUUGGAAAUCGAGGACGAGGAGCCCGAGCCAGCUCCAGCAAUGAUUUCGGUGUCGCCUCCUACUGAUGAGCGUGUGCGAGCUGUGUUCAAUGCUGUGAAGGCUGUCUGGUAUCCGCGCAACAAGACCGCACCGGUCGAGAAGAUCAAAUCGGGUGUCGUUGACUUUGGUGAAACCAUCAAGACAUUACGAGACGCCUGGAAAGCCCGGAACGAAAGCCUCAAGAAAGCAGAGCAUGAGGGAUCGUCGACCGCUGCUGAUGCACCUAGACUGAAAGCCGAAGUCGCCCAGUAUCGCCAGACCAUGGAAAAUCUCAUCAACAAGUCCAUGUUAUUCGCUCAUCCCGCCAUCAUCAGAAGUCUCGGCGAAAAUCUCUAUACCCUGUCAGCCUUGUACUCGUUCCUUCUCGACCGGGUCACGGCUGUCGAUUACGAAAGCCCGCUCCUUCUCGCUACUCUAAAGCUUGCAGAGACUUUUGCCACGCUUGAUGAAGAGAAACUCGAAAGCUCAAAGUGGAUCAAGGCACUUCAACGAGUAUCGAAGAAGGCAUCCGGUGAGACCAAGAUUCUAGCGCAACAAAUCAUGGACAAUGCCAAAGCUGCCACUGCUCGCAACAAGAAGGCGGCGGAGUUAAAAGGGGCUGGCGAAACGGCGGCUGGCGUCAAACGUGCGCGUGAAGGUGAAGUUGCUGGACCCGCGGCGAAGAAGAUGGUCAAGCCCUCUUCGAAGCCUCUGGCUCUUCAGAAUGCGGAGAAGAGACGGGCCCAGGAGGCCGCUGAGGCGGCAAAGAAGGGCAAGACAGGUUCUGCAACCACGGGUGGAACACUUAUUACACCUGCAGCUGCCAAGCCAAAGGCACCACUUGCGGCCACUAAAGCUGCUUCAUUUGCAUCUUUGAUGUCUGCCUCUAAGAAGCCUGGCACAACGAAUGCCGAGCGUCUUGCCGCGGUCAAGAAAGAUGGCGUCACCCCUGCUCUCCAGCAAGUGAGAAAGGAGCCGGUCAAGCGAGAAUCGCCCCCAGCGAGCGGCGUUCCUGCCCCUAUUGCCGCUGCGGCAGCUAGCAAAGGAUCGUCCUUUCUCAGCGGCUUGUUCUCUCAGGAGAAGAAAGAAGUCAAGCCAAAGAAGGAAGACGAGGCACUCAACGAGACUCCAGAAGAGAAAACCAAGAGACUGCGGAAGGAGUCGAGACGAAAGCUGCGUGUGUCUUGGAAGCAUGACAAUGAGCUUGUCGAGACUCGAUUCUUCACCCAUGAUCCGGAAGAGGAGAUCAAGCGUGGAGACAGCGCGAUGAAGGAUGCCGGUGACACGGGCAAGGAGGGUGAAAUGCUCAAGCGAUCUAUGGCCAUAGAUGAUGAGGAUGAUUCGGAGGAAGAAGGUGACUUCGACCCCGAUAGUUAUACUGAACCAGACGAAGUCGACUUCAGUGAGCUCGCUUCGGAGGAAUGCGAUCCUGCUCUGAACGGCAUCAAGCAUGGCGGGACGAUGGUGGCCGAGAGCAAGUCCAAGGAGGCACAGGACAAGCUAGAGGAGACUAGCAUCAUGACCAUCUAUGCAACUGCGUCUGAUCGGCCUGAGACCCCCAAAGAGCCAGUCGAUGAAGGCGACGACGACUUUACGCCAAUUGACGAGUUCGGCGAGCCGGAAGAAAGAGUGCGGGCUCGUGAGAAGGAUAUGUACGCGCGUCGGCGCUUCCAGGGUGGCUUUGGCUCGGAUGGGCAUGCGGAUUUCGGGACCACGUUGCAAGCCAUGGCUGGUGAGGCCAGUGCACAACAUGCAGCGCCAAGCACACCGUCCAAUAAUACCGACUUGCUUGCGCAGCUCCGAGCGAUAGGCAUUCUUCAGCAGCCAGCAGCUCAGCCGGCCCCAGCGCCAGCACCGGCACCCGCGGCGGCGCCGGCACCGUUCGACCUGAGUCAACUUGUUGCCAGUGUUGCGGGACAAGGCAAUGCACAAACCUAUCAGGCCCCCGCCCAGCAACUGCCACCGGACACAGCCAACACGCUGCAAGCCAUUAUGGCUAAGCUUCAACAAACUCAAAGCGCUAUGCAGCCGAGUUAUCAGCCGCCAGUUGACGAUUACGAUGGUGGAAAGAAGAACAAGAAGGGCAAGAAGUCUGUGCCUGUGGACGAGAACGGACGUCCUCUGAACUACAAGACGAAAGUGUGUGAGUUCUGGGAGAAGGGAACAUGCACCUAUGGCGACGACUGCAACUUUCGACACUCGAAGUAG